AGGCCAAACGUAACCCCACGUGGCCAGCGACUUGAAACAGCCCGUCAGCUGUGUGUCGCCUGGCUACUGUGCUUCUUCCCCGGCUCGAGAACUGGAAACAUGCUGUCUUUUGCCCUGAGACGAGUUACGCGGCCCCUGUGCCAACGCGCCCCGGUCCGGCUCGCCGUGCGCGGCCAGCAGUCUCACGCCGCCGCCUCCGCCCGGAUCGUGGAUGACGAUCGCCCGUGGAGGGGCCAGGAGAGCCUGGCGGAGGACGACCCCGAGAUGUGGGAUCUGCUGCUGAAGGAGAAGGACAGGCAGUGCCGCGGGCUGGAGCUCAUUGCAUCGGAGAAUUUCUGCAGUCGAGCAGCUCUGGAAGCUCAGGGCUCCUGUCUGAACAACAAAUACUCUGAAGGCUACCCCGGGAGAAGAUACUAUGGUGGAGCGGAGGUGGUGGAUCAAAUCGAGCUGCUGUGUCAGAAGCGCGCCCUGGAGUCCUUUAACCUGGACCCGGCUCUGUGGGGGGUCAACGUCCAGCCGUACUCUGGUUCCCCCGCCAACUUUGCCGUCUACACGGCGGUGCUCAAACCGCACGACCGCAUCAUGGGCCUGGACCUUCCCGACGGAGGACAUCUGACCCAUGGCUACAUGUCCGACGUGAAGAGGAUCUCUGCAACCUCAAUCUAUUUCGAGUCCAUGCCCUACAAGCUAAAUACAUCAACCGGACUCAUAGACUACGACCAGAUGGAAAUGACGGCCAAGCUGUUCAGGCCCAAGCUCAUCAUCGCUGGCACCAGCGCCUACGCCCGCCUCAUUGACUACGCCCGCAUCAAGAAGCUGUGUACUGACAUCAAGGCCUACAUGCUUGCGGACAUGGCCCACAUCAGUGGCCUGGUGGCGGCCGCGGCCAUCCCUUCUCCCUUUGACCACGCUGACCUGGUCACCACAACCACGCACAAAUCCCUCCGAGGAGUCCGGGCCGGCCUCAUCUUCUAUCGAAAGGGUGUGCGCUCCGUGGACAAGAAGGGGAAGGAGAUAAAGUACGACCUCGAGGACAAGGUCAACUUCUCUGUGUUCCCCUCCCUGCAAGGUGGACCACAUAAUCACGCCAUUGCUGGUGUGGCCGUGGCGCUCAAACAGGCUCAGUCGCCCAUGUUCAAAGAGUACAUCUCCCAAGUACUAAAGAACGCCAAGUCCAUGGCUGCAGCUCUUCUCAGCAAAGGCUACACCCUGGUUUCAGAUGGGACCGACAACCACCUGGUCCUGGUUGAUCUGCGGCCCAAGGGCAUCGACGGGGCUCGGGCCGAGAGGGUGCUGGAGCUCGUGUCAAUCACGGCCAAUAAGAACACCUGCCCCGGGGACACGAGCGCCCUGACUCCUGGGGGCCUCCGUUUGGGUGCUCCGGCCCUCACAUCCAGACAGUUCAAAGAGGCGGACUUUGUGCAAGUCGUCGAGCUCAUGGAUGAAGGCUUCAAGAUUGCCUUGGACGUCAAGCAAAAGACCGGAAAGCUCCAGGACUUCAAGAACUUCCUUCUUCAGGACGCGGAGACGGUGGCUCGCAUUGCCGACCUGCGCCAUCGCGUCGAAGCCUUCGCGAGGCCCUUCCCCAUGCCGGGCUUCCACGACCAUUAAAGCAACCAUAUCGAGUAGGCGGGGCCAAAAUGUGACAAUAGUGAAAUGAGGUGGCUGCCUUUUGAAAACGGAAGGAACCCCCCCCCCCCAUUAACAUCUGGAGCUGCUUGUAAAGAACAAUUUGUUAAUGUAAAAAAAAAAAAAGUUUAGUAUUCUCCAGUUUAUGAUAAAAAAAAAAAUGAAAUGUUACAUUUUGUAGAGCCGAAGAACCUAUUUUUAUUGUCGGCAUAGAGAUCGUCACUCAAUUUCUUUAAUGUUGGUGUGUGGGAAGAAAGAAAUAACAACAUGUCAAAUCAAACAACUAACAGCUCUUGGUGUCCACACUCUGACUUGAUUGGUGUAUAAUUAGCUUUUUUAUAAUGAGAUACAGAGAUGUCUUAAUGCUGUAAAGAGUCUUAAUUAAUGUCAUUAAUGUUUUAAUUACAUUCACGAGGGGAGAUGUGGGCAUUUGUAGCCUCCUUUUCUGUUUACCAAACCAGGUACACAAGGAGACUUGAUGGGCCGGGGUGUUGUGCUGGCUUUCAUAUUCAUUGGACUAUUUGAGGUUUCAGAAAUGAACCGAAAAUGUUGUCCACAUUAUUUAUGAAAGUUGGACCUUUAAACGAAGUAGAGGUCUUUGCAUCUUCUCAAAAGGCAAAUGACAAGAGUUGGACUAAAUCAUUCAAGCAUCUAAACUGAACACUACAAACUGUGUUCCAGAUGUUUACAACCUUUUGUUAUUUAUCAAAUUAAAAGAAAAAAUAUUAGAAAUAUCCGUCUCGAUUUUUUUAUACUUAAGUUUACAAAAUUUUUACAAAAUCUAUUUUUCCUUUUUGUUUUGUUUAAAAAUAAUCAACCAUGUAAACGUCUAUAAUUUCACACAAAUCUUAAAGCCUCUGAUACCAGCUGAUAUGUUGUUUUAAAAAGCAUUUAUAGUUCCGUUUGCCUGCUAUUUCACAAUGGUGUUCAACGAUGGAAAUUAAGAAGCAUCUUUGAUUGAAGAAAAAGAAAAAAAGCAAAGCGUGUGAGGCUCACGGAAUGAAAGUGUUGUCAUUAUCGCUGCAUCAGUGAGGAAGCCUCUGUUUUUACAGCACUAUUGAGAAGAGUGUUUGAAAUGUUGUGGUUUAGUUUUUUUACUUUGAACAAAGCAGCUUCUAAAAUAAACCAAAUCUUGUUAAUUAUCCACAUCAGUGUUUGUCGGACGAUAUAGACCUAGUGUUUGUCGGUUAUCAUCUCCGAUAUGUUGCCAAGCCGUUUUCUUUACCGCAACAAGUUUCAAUUAACAAUGAAUUGUCCCUUUGUCCUAAUAAAAUACAAUAAUGCCUG